AUGGCACGGUCGUUCGGCGAGGCUGAAUUGGUCUUUUCGGCCGCUUAUGCACAGAUUCCAACGAGGACAAUUCGUAUACAGAACGGUACAAUUCGAUCGCUAGACGGUGAUGAGGUGGAACCAUCGGCAGGAUGUUUCAAUUUCGGGGAGAUUUCUGCCUAUAAGGAUCGAUUUUUGAUAUGGCGUGCUAACGGAAGUAAUUUGACGAUAGAAGAGCGAAGUGUUGAAACGGAUCUGUUGAAUGGGACGUGCUUGCUGAUCAAUUUGAUCCGAUCUCAUAUUAUACCAGGAACAGUGUUCACUUUCUCGAACGGUAAACUCGUCUUCAUCGUACCGACUCAGACAACCAUACACCGCUUCUUCAUUCAAAUGCCUACUGAUGACCCAUCUGGCUUGAAAUCAUUCAUAUCCGAACUGCACGAUAAUACAUCCGUAUCGUUGUUCCACGAUAAAUACGAACUGACAACACAAGGAUGCAUCCAGCGUGCAGGUAUAUUGCACAGCAGCAGUAAUGGCACAACGAUUGGAUGUUUUAUGAAUGAUGGACGCUUCGUUUUGGUACAAAUGCAUCAUGUCCUGGGAGCAGUUUCGGAUGUGACAGAGAAUGUGCUGAAAAGUGACAGUUUCUUGCAUCGAAUGAUAAAAUCGGAAUCAUCAGACUCACGAGUGAUAGCGUCGCUUACACCGUUCAUGGGGAGUACUGGUGGAGGACAGAUGCUAUUUUAUGUCCUGUAUAAAGAUGCGGAUUUACACGUUUAUUCGCGUGAAUUUGCCGAAUCAGUUCAACUGGGACACAUUCUGCUCGGUUACAUUCGUCCAUCGAAACCGGGUGAUUACAGUGGCCUUUUGGUGCCGUUGAGAACUCUGGCGCUGCCGAAUGAGAUAUCUGAAGAUAUUGUGAGCGAUUUUUGCAAUAUUAAGGAGGUGGAUGUGAUGGACUUUUCGAUGAUCGAUAGCGAAGAUGAGAUAAAGUUAUUGGCACUUUGUCGUACGGCUGACGGUCGACAUUGUUUGAUGACUGCUUCAUUGGACAGCUCAAUUGGAGAUGCGACACUACGAAAGGACUGGGAAGAGAUCAGUGUACCGCAAGCGUUCAACGCCGAAAUCGACUGUUUUAUGGCGCAGAGACUGGGGCCGUGUGCGAUGAAACGUUAUCGAAUCUUCGACGCGGAUAACUUCUCCUUUGAUGUGGUUGUGAGAUCGUUGCAGUUAGUGUGUAAACAUGAAGGUAACGAGUCGAUCUUUUCUACAGUACAACGAAAUGAUUGGAAAGGAUUGGGUGAAGCACUGGACCAGUAUCUGAAUUCACCUCAGUUCGAUCAGCAUCACAUGAGUCGAGCGGAACGUUCAUCGAUAAUGGGUGGAGGUCGAAGCAACGAAGAGGCAUCGAAACGCUUCUGGGUGACACUCCAAAACAACGCACAACAACUGAAUGAAGCUGCAUGCAGACCGAUGGCGAUAUGGCAUUCGAAAUCGUUGGCGUUAUAUGGAACAAUACAGCAGGGACGACUGACGAUUUGUCGUAACUGUGACGAGCAGAUGGAAUGGCUGCGGACAUUAAUCGAAGGACGUUGCCAGUCGGGAAUUCUGGAUUUGGAUGCGUUAGAAUUGUGUAUGGGAGUGGCGAUGAAAUUCGCAGCGAAUGAAAUGGUGCCAGACUCGUUAUCAGUUGAAGAUAUUCAAGAGUUCUCGAGGCACUUCCAAGAAAUAUCACGUUUUAUCGAGGAUGUUAUCAGCAAAUUCGCCGAAAUGACACCGGUUGAUUUCAGUACACACCUGGUGAACGCACACGUACCGUAUGGUGGAUCGUUCACGGCUGGUCUUCUGGCAGCUUCACUGAGACGGCAAAUCGACGAUCGUUUAAUUUUUAGUCAUCGACUUAUUGCAUUCGUUGCUGUGGCGAGGGCGAUUUGCAAUACGAAUGAAUUUUUGUUGAAACGAGACGCUCGGUGGGAUAUGACGUUGAAUAUCCACGAGCGAACUCUGCACAACGUGAAUCGACAAUACACAGUACUAUCUCAAGCAGCUGCGAUCCGAAUCGCAAACUGUAUUGAUAAUGAAACGUCAUUAGCCGAAGCAUUCUUCACUGGAACAGGGCUAACGGCAAUCGAAGGUUAUGCACAUGCCAAGAUCUAUUUGGAUGACGAUAUGGAAGAGGAGGGUGAAGCGGAUGAGGAUGACGACGAGGGUUUAGAAGAGGAAGGCAAUAGAAGCAAACGCGGUGAUCGACUGGUGGAUGGGAAUUUGGAUGCGACUUCGAGACGUCGACAGAAUCUUGGAAACGACAUAGGAGUGGUGAUGGAUGGUGAACAAGAGAAUUUGGGAUCUACGCGAAUGACGAUGGGCAGAAAUAGAGCUGAAGGACAACACACUGAAAUGGCAACGCGACGAAAUUACUCGCAGUUUAUUGGACGUUUAAUAUCGACAGCGCAAAUAGCGUUAUGGCCUGAAAGUCCGGCGUUGCUACUGCCGAAAUUCCUGGCAUCAGGACAUCAUUAUAGUGCACUUUUGGAAUAUUGCCAGUUGAAUGAGCCUUAUAUCAAAGAGUUAUUGAAUGCAUUCCGAUUCUUCGAAGGAAUCGCAUAUUCCGGCUUAUCGCAACCGGACAAGGCACUUCAUUCAUUUUUGGACGCAUUGGAGGGAAUGGAACAACAGGAUGAGGCGUUACGAGGUGUACUGUAUGCCUUGGGCGAUACGACUUCAAAGAAUCCAUCGAUCACAGAAUUCUUCUUAAAUGUGAUGACGAUAAUGGAAUCAUAUAAUUACGGAGAGCAAUUGGUGCAAUUGGGUCGACUCGCUCUGAGGAAGUGUGUGCCGGACGAUCCAUUAUUGGCCACAGUUUAUACGACAAUCUUCAAACAUGAAUUGCACACGGGACGAUACAAGGAUUCAUUACGUACACUCCUCUCGAAUCCAUCAGUCGAGAACCAGAAGAUUUGUUUGCGAGAAUUAUUGGCGAAGCUAAUCGAUGCUGAUCAGCGAAAAGUGUUGGUGAGCCUGGAUUAUGGAAAUAUGGAAUAUCAAGUGAUUAAUAUACUGGAAGGACGUGCACGGGCAGCGGAUAUUUCCGAAGACAGCAGUUUGUACGAUUUAUUGUUUGCAUUUUAUUUCAAGCAGAAGAAUUUUGUGAAAGCUGCCCUCUCAAUGUAUGAACUGGCGAAUCGUUUGUGUGAAGAAGUGCAAAAUGGGGAAAUUCUGCUAAGAAGAUGUCGCUGUUUGAGUGUUGUCGGUGAAACACUCAACUUAUUG